AUGGCGUAUUCCCUGAAUCUCCUGUUAUUUACGUAUUUGUCUAUGAAGACACAGGAAAAGGAAUGGAAAUAUAUCUUUUUGAGAAUUAUAGAUGUGAUACUAAAUGCCUUAUUUCAAAUCUUUCAGAAAUCCCCUUGCUAUAUUUCCAUUGUGACAAGUGCAACCCUGUGGGAGAGAAGCGUAUCUCAUGCAAAUCCCAGCCCUGAUCAUGAAAGAACCGCCUUGCCCUGCUCCAGAUUCACUGCUCACAUGAAGAAUUUCUCUGACUCUCUUAAACUUAGCCGUCUACAUUUUUUGCGUUUUCCAGGUAAAUUAAGACCAGAGUUUCUAAAGAACGCUUGAAUUGUGUUUCAAAAUAGC